AGGCCCUUGGUUGCACGUCAUAUUAUUUGUGCAUCCAUCCGAUCAAAAUCUCGAAUAAGCUUUCACUGACGACGAUCGUUGUUGGAGCCGUCUCCUGAGAAGCGGGUAGGCUAGGGCCGGAGACUCCGCGGCGAGCUGCUGUAGUUCCCAAUCUAGCUAUGAACACCGAUUACCGGCAUUGUAAUCGCUAUUGAGAGAUAUAUAAUAAUUUAUAUUCUUCUCACGGAAUCUUUUACCUUCUCGUAGUCUACAUUUUCUUGCGCAACAAACGCCAUUUUCCUUGCUCAACUCUCGUGAGGUAUAAUUCACUAGCUCGCAAAUGAACCCGCAACCCUGCCUUGAAUGCCCAUCAAUCGACUCAACUACAAUCAAUGCAUUAUGGUUUACUGUGGCAAACCCAGUAAGGCUUGUGGAGAGUGCAGACUUAGAAGAACAAAAUGUGACACCAGACGACCAGCUUGUUCCCAAUGCAUCCGGGCAGGAAGAACCUGCAAUGGAUAUCGAGACCCAUCAGACAUGAUUUUCCGGGAUGAGUCAGGGGAUCUGAAGUCCAGACGACACCGAUUGAAGAUCUCACAAUUCCCAAAGAAAGAACGCCUUGGAAAUAUGACGCCAACCGCAGCAGACAGUACCGGGGCUCUCAUAAUCACCGGCUCUGACCGAAGCCCACAACCUUCCUCAACGACAAACUGCCAGACGUUACCAGUAAUGUGUCUAGGAUUGGGAACUUCUCCUGGCGAGCAAGCCACAUGUUUCUUUUUCCAAAAUUAUGUCUUCCAGCAGGAUUUCAGUUUCCGAGGAAACUUCCAGUACCUGUUGGAGAUAUAUGAACAGGAAGAUGUUAAAGACGGUUUGGCAGACUCAGUAUCUGCUUUGGGAUUGGUUGGUCUUGCUCAUUUCUGGGGAGCCCCUAGUAUAUUGGCAUUUGCUUCUGCCAAAUACAACUCGGCGCUGUUGACAAUCAGCUCACAACUGCGAACUAUCGAAGGAGCGAGAUCGGACCAGACAAUGGCUGCAAUCAUGUUACUUGGUCUUUAUGAGACAAACACAUGCAAUAAUAGGCAAUCCAUGGAUACUUGGACCAGACACAUUACUGGGGCUUUGGCAUUGCUGCAAGUUCGGGGUAAGGAGCUCCUCAGCACGCCUGUUGGCUACAAUUUAUUCGUCUAUCUGAGGACACAGCUUAUCACCAACUGCUUGCUAAGGCAUGCCAAAGUCCCCGCUAUUAUCAGCGAGUGGUCCCAAGACCUGGAUUUCGAGACAGCCGAACAAGCUGCUGCAACAACACUUUCAAAUCUCACAAUCAGAUACUGUAACCUUCGUGCAUCUAUGCAUUCGUUUCGAGACUACAGUGAUCCAGACCGGAUCGUCUCCACAGCCUGUGCUUUGGAUGCGGAAUACGAGAUGUGGGCAAGGACGUGUCCCGUGCAACUAUUAUCACGUCUACCCAUCAAUCUGGAUCGCGGCAAUAUGGAACAACUACAGAAGUGCACGGAUCCUCGUGAAUGGGUUGAUGCUUGAUCAACUCAAGAACAUGUACCAAAGAAGCCCAUCAUCAGAUCUGCUCUGGAAUCACCACUGCUACGACCAAAACCAGAUCCUCACUUCGACAACUACUCUUCUUCAACUCUGCAGUGACAUUUGCGCCAGUGUUCCGUAUUUCCUUGGCUACAGCUCUGACAUCACCGGUUUGAGUGGCCAACCCCCAAAGUGUGUCAACGGCAAUCUAUCACUUUGGCCUCUAUAUACUGUCGGAGAAUCUGGGGUGAUUUCAGAUCUUAUGCGGAGCUGGGUCGCUGGUCGACUUCGAUGGAUUACAAAUGUAAUGGGGAUUCGACAGGCAGCUCCCCUCGCUCAUAGCGUGAUGAAAAGGCAAGAGCAUUUGUUAUGGAAGCCUGACCUGGUGGAGGGCGUUUUCAAUACGGAGACAAACCAAAUUAGUUCGUUAGUAAUGAUUGAAAAUCUGUGAAUAUCUCCAGCUCUCCAAGAGUCCGCAGAAACGGCGCGAAAACAGAUUUCAGUAGUCCGCCGCCUCUUGUAAGGCUCACUGUGUAGUCUGCUUACCAGACAUAGGUAGAAUCAAACAUCUUCUAUCUAGGUGUUUAACGAAUAUGGAAGAAUAGAUUCUAAGAUGCGUAGAAUUAUGCAUUAUGCCGAGUCUGCUAAUUUAGGGC